GGAGUAGUGCUGCUGCUGCGUCUGUCAAAGCCACAAAGAGGAACUGCUGCUACACUCUGUUGUAGUUAAACCUGUUCAUUUUCGUUUGUUUUUAAUGUUCAGAGCUUUCUUCAGAGUUGUCUACUGAGGAAUGAGAGUAAAAGCGACUAAAUUCUGGUUAAAUUGGACCCUUUUACAGCAGAAUGGAGCAGCAGCAGCAGCAGCAGCAGCAGCAGCAGCAGCCGGGCCUCUGUAGCUUCACCCCGGGAGAGUCUGCAGGCUGCGGGGCUGCAGGCUCCACCGGUCAGCCCAACAUGCGGCUGUCCAUCACCUCCACCACCGGCAGCCCGGUGGAGCUCACUGUCCUCCAGGGAGAGACUGUGGAGGGACUGAGGACACACAUCUCCAACAAACUCAGACUGCAAACAGACAGAAUCGUCCUCCUCUAUAGAGACAAGCAGCUGACUGCAGGCAAGCUGGUGGAGCUGGGUGUAACAGAUGGAAGCAAACUGACCCUGGUCCCUGCCAUUGAAGCUGGUUUAGUGUGCUCCACUGCCAGAGCCGAGAGAACUAUGAUGGACGUCUUGGAAAGUUUAACAGAAGUCCAGAUCAGUGACUUCCUGUCUGGGCGCACGCCUCUGACCAUUAACCUGGGAAUCGGUGCCCACAUCAUGUAUGUGCAGCUCCAGCUGUCCGCGCAGAACGUGGCAGAUCUGCAGCAACACCGGGACCUGAGAGCUGGGAGCAGCGGCGAGCUUCCAACCGGCCUGCCCACCGCCGCCCGGAUGAGCCGCCCUGACUCCUCCACCACCAACGCAACAGGAUCCGCCACCUCCUCACCUGCUCCCCAUACCUCUACUCCAGCCCUGGACUCUUCUGGCUCUACGUCCUCCAUCCAACUGAGUGCUCAAAGACCCAGAACUUCCUUUAACUCAACAGCUCCCACCUCCCACUCACUCACCACCGCCCCUCCACAUCAGUCCUGUCCUUCCCGCUCUACGCACACAUCUUCUCUUCUUUCAACCCCUUCUUUGCCUUCUGGUUGUCCACAUCCCAGCUGUCCACUACCAGCAGCCACACCAGUCUGUUCACCUGCUCCCGUCGACUCCAUUUCUGGACCCCAGAGCCCAGCGCCAGCUUCAACCUUCAGCGAGAGUAAUGUUCAUGCCUCAUCCACUGCAGAGCUGUGCAAGCAGCCAGGAGCAGUCAUAGAAAGUUUUGUGAACCACUCACCCGGUGUCUUCUCCGGGACUUUUUCUGGCACUCUGAACUCUUGCAGCCAGAUCGGCGUCAGCCAUCCUCGUCGUGGCAUCGGUAUCAUCCUCCAGAUCCUCAACGACCUCCUCAGAGCUGCCUGCCACCACCAGGGGGCUCAACCUGCCCCUCCUCACAUCCGCUGUCCUGAUUCGAACCCUCCAGCCAGCCCUCUGGAGCCAAGCAAAGCAAAAAGCAAAACUCUGGCGACCCAGAGGGCAGAGGGCCUCAGUAAAACUUCAGGUGAGGAGAGUCAACCCAACUGCUCACCCACACAGGAAAAUCAAACAUUGCACUGUAAGCUGGAGCGCCUGCAGUUUUUGAUGCAUCAGAGGCGUGCUCGCAGGCGGACUCGCAGGAACUCACAAACGUCUCACCCGUACCAGCAUCAUCGCCAUCGUCCCUAGUCUCCUAUUGAUGAUAAAAAAAAGAUCCUCUCACUGUGAUAGCAGUAGCAGCUUUCUGGUGACCAGAAGGAACCGUUGUGGAAACCAAAGCUGAACCUCUGAACUUGUGGAGCAGUUGAGACAGCAGCGGAGUGAACUCAGACGCUUUGUUGCUAUUUUUACACUACGAGCAUUUCUCAAGAAUGUAAGCCCUGAAGGCCCGAAAAGUCUGAUUCCUGUGGCUGUCACUGUGCUGAGCAUGUUAUUUCACCGGAGUCCGUCCUUAAGAGACUCAUUGUUAUGUAGCAUAUGCCGCAAAAGGUUCCAAUGUACAUUUUCAUGUUCUACAUCUCGGUGUUUUGUACAAAGACCUCGUAUGUUUGUUUAUGUAUUCCAAUGCCUUAAAUGUACAUGUCUUGAAUGUGUGUUUUGUUUUGUGCAGAGGAUGUUAAAAUGUUUUACUUAUGCAAUAUUAAAGUGUAAACACAAAGAAGGAAAAAAUAAUAAAGGAAAACAUUUAAAAACCUGGAGAUA